ACUAAGCUCAACCUCUAGGCAAGCAAGCAGUCUAACCGAAAAUCGCCAUGGCGUGGAGGAAAAAGAGCGGCGGCGAUCAGUCGUCGGCCUGUCCCUCGAAUUACGACGCCGGCGAGGGCGAGAAGGUCCCCAGAGGGCACGUCCCCAUGGUCACCUGCUGCGGCGAGCGCGUGCUGGUGCCAGUGAGGCUGCUCGCGGCCCCCUGCAUCGUGGAGCUGCUGGACAUGGCGGGCCAGACCUACGGGUACAGUCAGCCGGGCGUGCUGCGGAUCACCUGCGACGCAGGGCAUUUCCGGCGGGUCGUCGACGGUGCCCUGGAGAGAGCCGGCUAAAGCGCCAGGGGCCAAGACCGCCUGACGAGAACAUGGGUGCAAAUGUAGAGGAAUUCAUUUAGUUGGAUAUACAUAGUGUGUUCUUUGAUUCGUCAAUUAUUUCAUGAGUAUACGAGCAAGUCACGACAUUUGGCUCAAAUUUAUAAAUGCUCGUUGGGUGGAAGC